AUGGAAACCUCAAAGGUCCCCGUCAAGCUGGUCAAGGUGACCCGAGUCCUCGGCCGAACCGGCUCUCGUGGUGGUGUCACGCAGGUGCGCGUUGAGUUCAUGGACGACCAGACCCGAUCCAUCAUCCGGAACGUCAAGGGCGCUGUUCGCGAGGACGAUAUCCUGUGCCUGCUCGAGUCUGAACGUGAGGCCAGACGCCUGCGAUAA